AUGUUAAGUGCAAGUGCCAGUUUGCAAGGACACGAACAAAGUCUAAUGUCCAUGGAUACUUCCAUGCAUCAAAUUAAAUUGUCUUCGUCUUCCAAGCUAUAUCGCUGUUUCAAUCAUCCCAAAAAGAGCAAUCUUCCUGUUCAUUAUACUUCUUCCGGGAUUUUCAUUAUUAUUAUAGGUCGCAUCCUGGACAUCCCGUGUAAAGUUUGCGGAGAUUUCUCGUCGGGUAAACACUAUAACAUUUUUGCUUGCGACGGGUGCGCAGGAUUCUUCAAAAGAUCGAUCAGAAGGAACCGCCAGUACGUUUGCAAGGCGAAAGCCGAAGGCAGUUGCAUUGUGGACAAAACUCAUCGGAAUCAGUGCAGAGCAUGCAGAUUAGCAAAGUGUCAAGAAGCAGGGAUGAAUAAGGACGCGGUUCAACAUGAGAGAGGACCACGAAACUCAACAUUACGUCGACAACAAAUGGCUCAAUUGUUUAAUGAAACCAGUCAGAGAUUAAUGAAUAGUUCAGCGGGUCCCGUUCUGGACUUGGCUUUACCCAAAUCUAGAUCAGCUCCUCCAGCCAUAGAUACCAUGAGUAUGAUGCCAUCCGCAUCUUUUCUAUGCAAUGUUGUAGCCGGUAUGCCCAGGUUUCCGUUCUCGAUAGCAUUUCCGCCUCCAACCGCCAUACCACCUCUUAUCAGUCCAGCAUCGACGUGUGAAAGUGCAGCUCGUCUUAUAUUUAUGAAUGUGAAAUGGGCUAAAAAUGUCCCAUCGUUCACUAAUUUACCGUUGCAGGAUCAACUGUUGUUGUUGGAAGAAAGUUGGCGAGAAUUAUUUGUUCUAGGUUCAGCCCAAUUCCUUAUGCCCUUAGAGUUGGGUCAUUUGACCCAUUACAGUGGCAUUCUGGAAAGGCAUCCCAACAAGGCAGAUAAUAUAAUCAAUGAGAUAAAGCAGUUCCAAGAAAUCUUGUCGCGUCUGGCUCAAUUUCAAAUUGAUACGCACGAGUAUGCGUGCUUGAGGGCGAUUGUCCUUUUCAAAACGACUUUUGAAAACCCUAAUGUUGGAACAAGCGAGGAGAAGUCCUUGACCAAUCCCACUUGUGUGGGAAUUGUUCAGGAUCAGACGCAGCUCAUGCUUAACAAAUAUAUUGCGACGGCUCAUCCUGGACAACCGCUACGUUUCGGGAAAUUGCUACUCCUCUUGCCUAUGCUGAGAAACGUCUCUGGAGAGACGAUAGAGGAAUUAUUUUUUCGAAAAACAAUUGGAAACAUACCUAUCGUCAAAAUUAUCUGCGAUAUGUACAAAAAUGCAUCACCAGACCUUUCGUAAUAUUUAUAAUAAAUUAAAUUUGAGUACAUGCACAAACAGAAGAAACAAUGAGCAAUUAAAA